GAGGAAGAACAAGGCCUAAUAAACAGCAGCUUCAGCUGGGGGGUCAAGCAGGAAAGCUUUUUUGCUUUUUUCUGUAUAUUUAAGGUCAGGUUUAAUAAACACGUCUCAUCCGGUGAAGCAGAACACAAUGAAAACACUGAUAGUGCCGGUGUUCCUCAGUUUCCUGCUCUCAGAAGUGUUUUCGGCUCAGGUGACGGUAUCUCAGACGCAGUACAGCACAGGUCUCUUUGUCCCGGUUACGCUGCGCUGUGACUAUACCACUUCAGCUAGUAUUCAGAAUGUGCUGGUCACAUGGGUCUACAAGUCUUUCUGCAAAGACCCGGUGCUGGACUACUACUCCACAGCCUACCAGGCAGCUCUGCAGAUGGGGCAGGACCCAUCCAAUGACUGCCCAGAUAGCACCCGCACCAUCCGGACUGUGGCCCAGAAACAGGGCACCAACGAGCCCACGCUGGGUCCAGAAUACAGUGGACGCAGAAUCACCAUCCAGAACAAGGCAGACCUGGUGAUCACAGAGGUGAAGUGGUGGGACAAUGGCGUCUAUAAGUGCUCUGUUGAUGCUGCUGGAGAUACUAGUGGAUACCCAACCAAAGAUGUCAAGCUCAUAGUUUACGGUUGGCUGACUGUACUCUUUUUAAUCAUUGGGGCCAUUCUCCUCCUACUCCUUUUUUGUAUUUGCUGCUGCCAGUGUUGCCCUCAGAAAUGCUGCUGUUAUGUGCGCUGCCCUUGCUGCCCACAAACCUGCUGCUGCCCCGAGAAAAUGGUGAUGCAGCACAGGAUGAUGAAGGAUGCCCAGAGGGCCAUGAGCUCCUGGACCAAUGGACAGCCGAUCUACGCACCCCUGAGCUGUCAUAGCUCUGCGUACCAAAUGAAUCCCAUGAUGUAUCCAGGUUCAGCAUCAGGAAAGAUCCCCAUGUCUCCCAUGCCUCUCCCACCUCCUGCCCAUUUUGCCCCACCACCAGUCCAUAUGCCUGCCCCCAUGCAUGCAGCUAUGUCACCGCACAGCAUGCAGGGCAGGGACAGUGCCAACAAAGUGCUGGAUUAUCUGGAGCACCAGGUAAGGGAUAUGGAUGCAACUAACCCUAUGAUCCCACCUCCGCCUUUGCACAUGGCCCACAACGUGCCCUUCUCUGCCGGCCCACCCAGCAUGCUCUCUGGACUGGACGAUGGCCCUGCCUCCCGCCGUCACCACCCAGCGCACUCCAGUGGCUCAUCAAGCUACAAUCGCCACCGCCAGCCUCCUCCAUCUAGACGCAGUAUGAAACGCAGUUACAGUCAGGAAGAUGUGCUGGACAACCGGAGCCAAGUGUCUUAUCGGCCUCGUUCACGUUCCAGAGAGGACCUGCUAGAGAGCAGUAGGGGAUACUAUGACUCUUCCAGUGAUUACAAUGACAGGAGAGGAGGUGGAUCUAGAGGAAGAGCUCGAGGUGGGGCCAGAGGAGGAGGCUGGUCUGAACAUCCACCUAGCUACAGCGAGUACGAGCCAGGCGAGAAGCCGACAAGGCGACCCUUCUCUGUUAAAAGCUCAGUGAGUGGUACAAGUGUAGUAAUCUGAAGCCUGUCUGCCUUCCACCAUUAUGGAGACUUUCCUGAUUGCAAGUGCCAAGGACAGCACUGAGUAGUAAAUAAUAUAAAGUUAGUUGUAUCAUUGAAGGUUUUGUGGUUUUAAGGAUUUUGAAGAAAUAUUUGAACAGGCAUGAGCAUCACUGCUGUGAAAGGCCUUUUGCCCUAUUUAAAAGAAUAUGAGGAAGAUCUUAGAGUUUUUAUUUUCCCUUAAUUGGUAACGUCAAUUAUAUAUAAAUAAAAGCAUUUGAGCCUGUUUUUUUUCCAGUUAGAUCUCAUGUGGGUCAAACAACAUUCAGUGACCUGAAUUCUGAGUGUGGGGAUUUUAUGAAUGUGGUUUAUAAUAUGUAGCUGUUGCUCAUUUAUUAGUCUAUGAUGCCAUGCUUCUUUACCAGGUGUGUGUAUAAUGGAAGCAUUUUUUUAAUAUUCAAAGGGCACAUCAUAAUUUGAAAGCCUUUUGUUUACAUCCAUUUAGGGAUCUCCUGUAUGUGUGUAUAUAUAUAUUUUAAAUGUAUUUAUUCUUGAAAGCAGUUUCUUUUAAAAAGCCUCAAAACGUCUUUUUUAAAUGUCAUUUUUUUUAAUACUUCGCUUCAACCAACACAGUUAGAUGAUAGUAAUGCUUCUCUAAGGUUAAUCUUGUGAAGGAAUAAAAAGUGAAGGUGAAGUGAACCUAAGGUGAAGGUGAAUCUUUAUGUAUUCUUUACUUGUGUGUGAAUCUUUUUGUCGGUUUAUUUUUAUUUUUAGUCAAGACCUAUUUUGCCUAUAAUUUUGACUAAUCUGACCCAAGAUGAUUGUUGAAUGUUUAAAAAAAAUAAAAAGAAAAAAAUAAUAAUAAAUUUGUACUUUUAUUUUUAUUUUUUUCAAAAGUUCAUGGAUAUGGAAGUAUAAACAAAUGCAUUAUUAACAUAUAUGGUGUGGACGGAUACAUAUUUAAAUUUACUUUAAUAAACAUUGUCAUUAUACUUUAAUAAAGUUGUAAUUAAUUCAUUCAUUCA